AUGGCCGCAGAAGCACCUGAGAUGAAGCAGAACCCCUGGGGUCUAGGGCCAGCAACUGAUCGGGGAAGAUUGCAAGCGAAGAAGGCUCAAUUGCAGCCUGCGUUUCAACCCGCCUUCAAAGUCAACGGUGAACCUGGUCCUGCAGUCCUGUCCAACGGCCGCUCCAACAACACUUCCAUCGCAGGUCCGACUCCUUCGGGAUCAACCCCACGAGAUACCUCGCCUGACAGGCUCACUCCGUUUUCCACGGCGUCUAGGACGUCAAGUGCCCUGAAAAAGACCUACGGCUCUGGAUCAAACCUUGCCCGAAUCGCGACAAACGAGCAAUCGGUCAGCGGAAGAGAAACCGUUGAUUUGGACAAUGCACUGCAAAGCGGCGGAACGCCCACGGCGGGCAGAAAGAGUGUGCAAUUUUCUCGAGAUACCCAAGAGAUCAGCCCUCAUAGUAAUGGGCAUACCACACCUCCAGGCGGCCGAACAGAUGGCCUAGAGCAGGACAAACCGCACUCCCUGUAUGCCAGAUUGAGAGCACUGGCUAUACCGCAGGGAUAUUCAUUCAGCCAUACUCGGUCUCCCAGUGGCCUAUCCGCCAGUGGGCGCUCUCUGGACGGUAAAGAGGUCGACAGCCAGCCCUCUGCUCAACCUGGCCACAAUGAAGUCGGGCUUGCCGCUACAUUGGAGGAGGAUAGCGGCGAUGACGCAGAUGCUGAUGCGGAUGAGAGUAGCGCCGCAGAGAACAGCGUGUCCCAGUGGGCAACCCGAAAACGGCGGCGGAAGAUACGACGUGGUGACGAUAUUGAAACCGCACCAUCAUCUCCCCAUAGCCUGAUGCGUCCGGUAUUUGCGAGUGCUCCUAUCAACUCUGAUACGGACCUGGAAAGGCCUCGUACAUUGGUUAGGAGGGCCACCGAUACUGACAUGGUUAAUAACCCUCAGGGUGUCUCAGAGGACGAGGGGCGCAAACAACUUACUAACAGCAGUGGUUGGACACCCCGUCACCCUCUGCGAGGCUUGAGUUACGGCGGUCAGCGAAAGCCAGGUGAUACUACACCAGACGGUCUGAGAAGGCCGCUGACUCUCUUGAAUUUUGCCAACAUCACUUCCUCUCGAGAAGCCGGCUCAAGCGAAGGGCAAACUCCCAAGACGCCAUCUCGUCGAAAGAUGCUGGCAGAGCGAAGUUCAACCCUGAGCGCCGCCAAAUGGAGGCAACUCAAGAACAGUAUAAAAACGUUAGGUCAAAGUCGAAAGAAACCGCCCACUCCUGAGGUUUUAAGAUCUGCCGCCUUGCUCGCCGAAUUGGCCGCCGCCGCUCCUGCGGCCCUAAUACUCGCCAGUAUGUUUCAGCGUGACGAGCACAAUCACAGACGGGUACCAGUUCUUCUGGAACAGCUCAAGGUACAAGUCACAGACAGUGAAGUCGACCAACACAAAAGUAAGGACGAGAAAGCCAUCAAAGAGACCGAUGAGGACAAAGUCCUGCGACAUCUGAUUUUCAAGAUCGAAUGCGAAUAUGGUAACGGUGCCAAUCGGAUGAAAUGGGUGAUCAAACGAUCGCUCGGAGAUUUCUCUAAAAUGCAUUUGAAAUAUAAAGCCGCCUAUAACACUGGGAGACUUAGAUUAAAAAGCGACGGGCGAAAGAAAAUGCCAAAGUUUCCUUUGGAGGUGUUCCCGUACCUGAAAUCUCUACGCUUGUUCGCCGAUGAAGGCGACGAAGAAGACGCUGACGGGGGAGAUGACACCGAACCAGGCACAGCGACAGAUACCGAAAGGCCAACUCCUCGAAGCCAGAAUCGACCCGGCUUCACAACAGCACGGAGGAAAUCGAGUGUGACAGGGCUUCACGAUCCUACUACUCCUGGGAAUACACGCCGAGAGGUGUUUGCCGAACGCCAGCGUAAGACUCUGGAAAAAUAUCUACAACAGAUGAUACAGUUUAUGCUGUUUCGUCCAGAAAGCAACCGUCUGUGCAGAUUCCUAGAAAUAUCAGCUCUCGGUGUGCGUCUCGCUGCCGAGGGUAGCGAACAUGGCAAAGAAGGGCUUUUGCUCAUCCGUUCGGCCAAAGGCCUCGACUUCAGAGCGUUGAAUGCCCUCGAGUUUAAGAAGCGACAUACCCCAAAGUGGUUUCUGGUUAGACACAGUUAUGUUGUUUGCGUGGAUUCGGCAGAGCAGAUGCAUAUCUACGAUGUGUUUUUGUUCGACUCAGACUUCGAAAUACAAUCCCGAAGGUUACGGCCAAGCGAUCAGAGAAGUGCAAAGGAGCUGGCAGAGGCGGCCAAAGAAUCUGCGAAACAUCCCCAACACCAUCGUCUCAAAUUGGUCAACUCGGAAAGAAAGUUGAAACUCAUCUCUAACAACGAACGUCAGUUGCAACAGUUCGAGGAGUCCAUAAGAGAAAUGGUGGCGGGAUCACCUUGGGCCAAAAUCAACAGAUUCGACAGUUUCGCUCCAGUGAGGCCGAACUGCUUUGCCCAAUGGCUUGUUGACGGCAGAGACCACAUGUGGGUAGUGUCUCGCGCCUUGAAUCAAGCGAAAGAUGUCAUUUAUAUCCACGACUGGUGGUUGAGCCCCGAGCUCUAUAUGAGGCGGCCGCCUGCCAUCAGUCAGAAAUGGCGUCUUGAUCGAUUGCUGAAGAGAAAAGCUGAAGAAGGGGUCAAGAUUUUUGUCAUUGUUUACCGCAACAUCGAUGCGGCUAUUCCAAUCGACUCUCAGUACACCAAAUUCUCCCUGUUGGACCUGCACCCAAAUAUAUUCGUCCAAAGGUCCCCCAACCAAUUUCGACAGAAUACCUUCUUCUGGGCGCAUCACGAGAAGAUAUGUAUUGUUGACCACACCGUGGCCUUCGUUGGAGGCAUCGACCUGUGCUUUGGCAGGUGGGACACUCCUCAACACACCCUCGUCGAUGACAAGCCAACCGGCUUUGAGCCGAGCGAUGAGCCCAAAGAUGCGGACCAUUGCCAAUUGUGGCCGGGAAAGGACUACUCUAAUCCGCGGAUACAAGACUUUUACGCGCUUAACAAGCCGUACGAGGAGAUGUAUGAUCGUUCAAGGGUAGCCAGAAUGCCGUGGCAUGACAUUUCUAUGCAGGUUGUUGGGCAACCAGCCCGCGACCUGACCCGACAUUUUGUGCAGAGGUGGAACUACAUCCUGCGACAACGCAAGCCAACACGCCCUACACCGUUUUUGCUCCCCCCUCCAGACUUCAACCCCGCCGAUCUGGAAGCGCUUGGUCUUGACGGGACAUGCGAGGUCCAAAUCUGUCGCUCUGCUGGGCCUUGGUCCUUGGGUACUCCCGAUAAGACCGAACACAGCAUUAUGAACGCUUAUAUUAAGCUGAUUGAAGAAUCCGAGCAUUUCGUCUAUAUUGAGAACCAGUUUUUCAUCUCCAGCUGUGAGACAGAAGGUGCCACGGUCCACAACAAGAUCGGUGACGCUCUUGUGGAACGGAUCACUCGUGCCAGCAAGAACGAGGAGGCAUGGAAGGCUGUGAUUAUCAUCCCCCUGAUUCCUGGAUUCCAGAACACGGUCGAGGAAGAAGGUGGGACCAGCGUGCGGUUGAUCAUGCAAUACCAGUAUCGCAGUAUCUGUCGUGGAGAAUCUUCCAUCUUUGGUCGUCUGAAGGCGGUCGGUGUGGAUCCGGAAGAAUACAUCCAGUUCUAUAGCCUUCGUCAAUGGGGCAGAAUUGGUCCACGCAAAACACUUGUGACGGAGCAACUCUAUAUCCACGCCAAAUGUAUGGUUGUCGAUGACAGAGUUGCCUUGAUUGGAUCCGCGAACAUCAACGAACGAUCAUUGCUGGGAAAUCGCGAUUCCGAGUGCGCGGCUAUUGUGCGCGAUACAGAUAUGGUCUGGUCGUGGAUGAACGGCAAGCCUUACCAGGUUGGCCGAUUCCCGCACACACUCCGUAUGAGAUUGAUGCGCGAACACCUCGGCCUGGACGUUGACAAGAUCAUGGAGGAUGCACAACUGAUGGAAGCAGAACACCACAAAAUGCAAUCAUCAGGAAAGUCAGUCCGAUCAGAAUCUCCCGACGACACUUUCAAGAGUCCUAUGUCGGAAGCGGAUGAUGUCCUCAGUCCACUACAGGGACAAGAUGCAGAACUGCAUGAAGAGUUGCUUCAGCGCACUGAGGAGUUUAGGAGCUUCAACCACGACGUCGAUUGGGAACAGCAGGGUAACCCCAACCUCAAAUCGAAGAGAGCUGGUGUGACUCAAGAUCCACGUGUGACUGGGGAUGCUCACCACAGACAAGAUGUAGAAGGGCAUGGAUACGACAGAAUGGCUGAGAUUGCCGCCAAAGGACUUGGAGACGGACGAGACAGCACACUUGUCCGAGGCAGUAAGGAGGUUUUGUUCUCAAACAUUGAUCCAGAGGGCAAGACCCCUCUGGCUGAUCCGCGAAAGCACGGUGAACACCUUCGUCUGCCUUCGUAUGUGGUCAAGAUGGAGACGCCGGAACCUCCAUUGCCUCCCAGGCCCGGCUUUGGCCGGAUGGAUACGGUGCAGCUGGGCUUACCCAUGUUGUCGCAGCUGCCUCCACUACCCCCUGGAGAUGACUCGGACAUAGGAGGUCCUCCGCUUGCCAAAGUCGGUUCCAGGGACUCGAUCCGCCCGCGUCAUCCGUUGAUGGAAGAGCUCCGGCGUCCGCUGGUCGACCGGGAUUCCAUGACAGACCCAAUCCACGACGCAUUCCUCUACGACACUUGGCACGCGGUGGCAGAGAACAACACCAAGAUAUACCGCUCGGUGUUCCGGUGUAUGCCGGACAAUCAAGUGCGUAACUGGGACGAAUAUCAUCAGUACGUGGCGUACGAACAACGGUUCAAUCAAUUACAAGGCAAUGACCUUCCCAAGGAGGACAAGGUAUCCGACCCUUCUCGGGCAGGAUCUGUCACUAAAAGUGGUCCGCCAGGAGCGGGGUCUCGACAUCCGGCGGCACAGAUCAAAGCUGUGACUCAUGUUCCCUCGGAUAUUGAGAAGGCGACUGGCGAGGUGAAGGAGAAGAUCAAGAGCGUCCUCGGAGACAAGUCAGACCGCGCACAUGAGGCCGCUGAGAAGGAGAAGCUUCGGCGCUGGGCAGCGGAUAUCAAUCAAGCACAGGCUCAGAGACAGGGGAUGCCCACCUUGCAUCGGCAGGAAACAUUGACGGAGGAAAAAGCCGGACUACAGACUGUGCCAGAGGGACAGGCCAUCAUCGACGAAGGCAGCGGGACGGGCGAAGACGAUGACUUCAGCACUGAGCGGCCGAUCAGCAGUUUGAGUUCGACGGCAGUAGACAGGGAGAAAUCAGCAACAAACGGCACUCCAUCAACCACGAACGGGCCUUUUGUAGGGUACUCGGACGCGGUGAACCAGAAUGCUGCUCAGUCGGCGGCCAACAUUGGUGGAAGUGGCCGUCGACGCAGAAGGGCUACCACUAGGUCUAGUAGACGUGACUUCAGCGCGAGCGAUGACAUCCUGGCCAUUGAGGAGGCGGAAGAGCUGUUGGGCUGUGUCCAGGGCCAUCUUGUUGUCUGGCCUUAUGAUUGGUUGGAGAAGGUUGAGGCUGGAAGUAACUGGCUGUUUCCCUUUGACCAGAUCAGUCCGAUUGAAAUCUAG